AUCAUGUAUGAUACACGUGUUAGUCUAAUAUACACUCCAAGAAAGAACGAGUUGUGAAGACUAUUGUUGCUCACAAAUCUCGUAAAAGUGAAGAAGAUAUAAAAUUUGUCCAGACCGGACUGAAGCAUGUCGACGGCGACUUCCAUGAGGACCACCGGCGUCUUAAGUCCACUUGCAGCUACUACUAGCCAUCGCUCUUGCGGAUUACCUAACCUUCCAACUCGCUUCUCUACCUCAUCACCCGCUGCUGCAUCUUUUACAUUCAAGUUGUCUUCAGUAUCAGUCUCAAGGAGACGUGGACAAUUCCAGAUCAAGGCCACUUCAGAAGAGACCCCUUCUGAUGGUGGAGAGAUACUUACAGAUCUAAAGGAAAAGUGGGAUGCAGUUGAAAACAAGUCGACAGUGCUUCUUUAUGGAGGCGGAGCAAUUGUUGGAGUCUGGCUAUCUGCUACACUUGUUGGUGCAAUCAACUCCAUUCCUUUGCUUCCCAAGAUCAUGGAGUUGGUAGGACUUGGAUAUACAGGAUGGUUUGUCUACCGAUACCUUCUCUUCAAGUCGAGUAGAAAAGAAUUAGCGACGGACAUCGAGUCGUUGAAGAAGAAGAUUGCAGGAACCGAGUGAAUGUGGCUAUAUGAAGUUUCUGUUGUCCGUGUCUUCAUCUGCAUUAAAUUAAAUUACAUUUGUGAAUUAUUGUAUGAGAACAUGCUCUUGUAACUUAGCGUAGGUUUUUGAUAUAUUCCAACUGUUCUGUGUAGUUUUAUCUUUAAAAUUUUAUUGCAUUUUUCAUUUUUUAAAUUAUAUACUGGUAAUUUGUUCUUC